CUUUCUCAAGGUUUGUGAUACUUUAGAUAGAUGAACUAUAUUUUGUUAAUGAUCAAUUUAAAAAGCCUAAGAUAAAGUAAAAUAAAUAAGCACAUAUCAAUACAAGUAUAUGUAUAUAAAUGUGUAUGCCUACAUUAUUUACUUUCUCGCCAUGGGCAACGCUGAAGUGGUGAAAUCGGUGGAUAUAAUGGAAGACAGCAAUCACAGUGGUGUCAUCAACAGAUCAAUCGGUAAUCAAGAGCGCUUCAAGAGUUUGGAAGACAUCGAUGUGACCGCCGAUGGGAGCCCGGUGUUGAGGUGCAUGAUUUCCAUCACGUACUCCGUAGUUUGCGCAGUAGGUCUGAUUGGGAACCUAUUGGUCUUUUUCUUUAUUCGCGUGAGACAAGAGAGACGGACAUCCAAAAUCAACUUCUUCAUCCUCAAUUUGGCCGUAACGGAUUUUCAGUUUGUGUUGACGUUACCUUUUUGGGCCGUGGACACCGCACUAGACUUCAGCUGGCCGUUUGGCGACGCCAUGUGCAAGAUCAUCCUGUCGGUGACUGUGAUGAACAUGUACGCCAGCGUCUUCUUCCUGACCGCAAUGAGCAUCACACGGUACUGGUCAGUGGCCUCAGCGCUCAAGGACCGGACCAGACAGACCAGCUGCUCCAUCAGAUGGGUCAGUGUCAUCCUCUGGUCUCUGGCCACUGUAGCCACGGCGCCAACAUCCAUCUUCUCAACAGUCACCAAUGUGGCCGGCGAGAAACUUUGUUUAUUGAGAUUCCCUGACGGGCAAUAUUGGUUGGCCGUCUAUCAUCUCCAGAAAAUAUUGAUUGCCUUUAUUCUACCCAUGGCAAUAGUCUCCAUUAGUUACCUAUUGCUGUUGAGGCUCAUCCGACAGCGCAGCAUGAAGAGCAAUUCAAAACGAAGAACUCAAGUCACCAAGUCCGUCACCAUCGUGGUUUUAUCGUUUUUCCUCUGCUGGAUGCCUAAUCACGCCAUAACGUUUUGGGGCGUGCUGGUUAAAUUCAACGCCGUGUACUGGGAUAAGUCUUACUAUAUCGUUCAUACCUACGUGUUUCCAGUGACUGUGUGCCUUGCGCACGCAAACAGCUGUUUAAACCCGCUUAUUUACUGUCUAAUGCGUAAAGAGUUCAGAAAAAAACUAAAAGGACUGUGUCUUCGUGUCUGAGCGCCUUUUUUCCCGCGUAUUCCGCGCGCCUCAGAGUCUGUCUCCUUUUCUUGAAAUGUACCGUCAAAUGCGGUAAUUCAGCGGUAUUCAACACAUCUUAACUGGGUGAAAUAACAUAAUUCAUGUCUUUGUGCCUCUGUAUUUAUAGUGUCGUUCUUGUGGUACGCUAUUUUCACAAAAUUAUACGUCGGUAACACUUUAUACAAUAAGGUUCCAUUCGUUAACAUUAGUUAAUGCAUUAGCUAUCAUGAACUAACAAUGGACAAUAUAUUUUUACAUUAUUUAUUAAUCUUUGUUGAAGUUAGUUAAUAAAAAUACAGUUGUUCAUUAUUAGUUCAUGUUAGUUAUUAGGUAUAGAAUGUUAACAUAUACAACUUUUGAUUUAAAAAAUGUAGGCCUGUUCUAUAUGUUGAAAUUAACAUUAACAAAUAUUAACAAAUGCUGUAAAAGUAUUGUUCAUUGUUAGUUCAUGUUAACUAAUGUUAACAAAUGGAACCUUCCUGUAAAGUGUUACCAAUAGGCUAUGUCUAAAGAAAAUCUAUUAUACUGAGGAAAGAAGAAAAGAACCACAACAAGUGUAAAUUUAGUGGCACCAUACCAUUCAGUGACUGUAAUCAUGCACAUAAUUGGUGUUAACACUGACUGAUAUGCUGGUUUUUUGUUUUCCAGGAAAAUUCUAAAAGGAAUACAGUAUUGUGCACUUUGGAUUCCAAGUCCAUUGUUAAUUGUGGCAUUAUGUUAAUUCAGCGGUACAUUCAAACUGUUUUAUUUUUUUCUAUAAAAUGUUUAAAUUGCACUGCAUUAUGAUACUGUACGACCUGUGUUCAGUCUGUAAAUUGAAACGAACUGUAAGCAAUAGUCUGAUCAAUAUUAAGUAUUUUUUGCAUACAAAUAUCCCAUUGAAGACUCUACCUAAUAAAUCUAAAAAACUAUGCUUACUAUAACUCAGCUGGUUUUACUUUAUGUGUGUUUAAUGUCAUUUGAAUACUAUUUGUAUGUUUAAAAACAAAACAAAGCAAACAAAAAAUAUAUGUGCCAUUGAAGUUCCUGUUUGUAUACACACCAUGUAUGUCCAUUUAUUUCAUAUACUGUAUAUAUUCAGAGCAGCCCCAUGAGUUUGUGACAAUAGCACUUUUACAACCGCGGCAACUAGUACAUUAUAAUCUAUAAUAAACUUUCUUUGUACUUUGCCUUUCUAUGUGAUCACAUAUGCACAGGUAUAGACUACCUAACCUUGCUAUUAGCCUAUGCUUUUUUUGUGUCCAGGGUUUGUCUAGAUUUACAGUACUGUGCUUUGUGUAUGCAAAUUUAGCAGUUUGCCAAUAUUAGGAAACUCACUUUGGUGUCCCGCUGAGUGCGCAAAUGUAAUCAGAUCCCCACUGUUAACAGGAUUUCCUGUGGUGAGAUGGUUUUCUAUUACUGAGUGGAACUAUGAAUUAUAAUACAAUGCACUUUCUAAUGCACGCCAUUAAAUCAACAUGUUCCCAUUAUGGUCACUUGAAAUGUGAGCAACCUUGAAAUUUAACUGUGUACCCUUUGGGAUAUGAAGGAUGCGGCAGUUGCUCUAUGCCCUUGGAUUUAUUAAAUAAAACAUUUGUAUAAUUAGACUGUACUGCAUGCAUUUU